UUGAUUAGUAUCAACAAUCAAAUCACGUGUCACUGAUUUAAAGGAAAUCGCCAUUUAUUUUAAUUACUACAAAUUGAUUUAAACUGCACAAUGUCUCAAAAUGAUUCUAAUCAAGCUUUUGCCGAUGCGUUACAACGAGCAAGAAAGAUCGCCGCUAAAAUGGGGGAAGAUAAAGGUGUAAAGAGAGCUGCUGAUGACGAUAACUCAAAUACUCCUGAGAAUAAAAGAACUGCAGCAGUUAACGAUCCAUUUGGUGCGCAAUUAGCAGCUUUGCAACAACAGAAAGCUAAUCAAGGUAAGGCACUAGUGUCUGAAGAAUAUCAAGUUCCUGAUAAAAUGGUUGGGCUUGUUAUUGGCAAGGGAGGAGAAAAUAUAGUUAAAAUUCAACGUGAAACUGGCGUUCUAAGUGUUCAAUUUGCUCAAGAUAGUGCUGGUCUGCCUGAUCGAAAAUGCACUAUAACUGGGCCUCCCAGCAGCAUAGAUAAAGCUAAAGAAAUGAUUGAUCAAAUGAUUGAAAAAGCUAAAGCAACUAUGAUUCCCCCACCAAAUAUAACUGUAAUGAAUGGAGAAGAAGAAACAAUUGUAAGUGUUGGGAUUCCAUCUGACAAAGUUGGAUUAGUAAUAGGCAAAUCUGGUGACAAUAUUAAAAAGCUACAAGAAGAAGCUGGUGUUAGAAUGGUUAUGAUACAAGAUGGUAUAUAUACAAAUGCGCCUGAAAAGGAAUUAAGAAUUAUGGGAGAUCCAGAAAGAGUUGAAAAAGCUAAAGAACUUGUAGCUGAAUUAUUAGCACAACAUGUAACAGGUUAUACUUUUGAUGCAAAUGAUUAUGGAACAACAAUGAAUGGUCCAUAUCUGACAAAAGAACAAAUCAUUCCUAAAUGUGCCAUUGGGCUCAUUAUUGGUAAAAAUGGUGAAACUAUUAAAAGGAUUAUGCUUGACUCUGGUGCCCGAAUUCGCUUUAAAGAAGGAGAUAUAAAUCCACAAGGUGAUCGUAUAUUAAUUGUAGCUGGUGGUCAAAAUCAAAUUGAUGCAGCAUUUGCAGCCGUGAAUAGUUAUGUGCAAACUGCCCAGAGUGCCUAUGGAUCUAGAGGAGGCAUGGUAGGUGGCAUGACAACUGGAUCCACUGCAUCAUCUGCCUAUGCUCAACAACAAGAAAUGCACGUCAUGGUGCCUACCAAUAAAUGUGGCUUAGUUAUUGGAAAAGGUGGAGAAAAUAUAAAAAAUAUUAGUAAUUUGACAGGAGCCCAUGUAGAAUUAGAUAGGAGAGUAAACACUGACCCAUCCUCACCUGAAAAAGCUUUUGUAAUUAGAGGCACUCAUUCUCAAAUUUCCCACGCAGCCCAAUUGGUUUGUGAAAAGGCUGAUAUAGCUGUCCCAGCAAUUCCAGCUCCACAAAAUAGUAUGAAUGGAGCAGCCGCUGCAAUGGCAGCAUAUGGCUACCCAGGAAUGGCAGCAUUACAAGCUGGAACAACAGCUAAUCCUUAUGCACCUCAAGGGUGGGGUGCUUCUACUAAUCCUUACAAUCAAUGGCAAGGCAUGAGCACUGGUAGUGCUGACCCAAGCAAACAAUCACAAGGUGGUGCAGCAGGUGGGCAAGAUGCUAAUCUAGCUGCUGCUUGGGCUGCUUAUUAUCAACAAUACUAUGCUCAAGCUGCUGCAGCAGCUGGUGGUGGAGGUGCAGGUGGUGCUCAGGCUACACCUUCACCUGCUUCUUAUUACCAGCAAGGUGGCGGACCUGUUGGAUCUACCUUACAGGGUCAAGGAAGUCAAUCUGCUGGUGGAGCAGGGCAAGGUCAGGGACAAGGUGCUGCCGCUUACUAUGCAGCUCAAGGUGGAGCAGGACAAAAUCCUUACCAACAAGCUGCCAGUGCUCAAGGAGCCAGUGGUGCAGGAGGUCAGGACUUUACAGCAGCUUGGCAAACCUAUUACCAGCAACUAGGGAUGCAGCAACAACUUAAUAAAGCCUAAACUACUAUAUUAAUAAUUUACACAUGCCUUAAGGUAUAUCCGAUAUAUAUCAUAAUGCUUAUUAACUUAUAAAUAUAUUGACAAAUAAUAUAUGAGUAUACCUUAUUAAAUCACUUGAUAAUAUAUGAUAAAUAAUAAUUGAAAUGAAAUCUUAUUCUUCAAUGCCCAGGAACUUAUUAAUGAAACACGUAAGAUUUCGAUUGUAAAUAAUGUACAUAAUAUAAUACAUACAUCUAUAUAUUACCUUAUGAGUAUUAUAAUUUUUAUAACUGUAAUUGUAAAUACUUAUUAUUAUAUAACUAUA